GAAAUCGUAAUCUUCAUUCAUUGCGGAAAAUAAGUCGUUUUAUGGGAGAGUAAUGAUACAAUGCAUGCGUUUACAGUUAUUCUGAUCGCUUUUCUGCACAGUUACUAUCCUGCGGAUGGGAAAACUGUAUCGGGAGUAUUUCGAAGCCAUGUAGCGAGGGAAAAUUAUGGGCAAUAUAUUACAAGAUUUCUCUACUACGGGGAGAAUGGAUUGAUGGCUUACCGUCUGGAGAACGUGCCUUUGGCAGUACAUAAAGAGGCAAGACUUCUGCUGUUUCAGGGCAGUGAGGGCUUUGAAAACCUAAGUUGUCUGGACAGAGUGUCAGGAGCCCAGCUUACCGUAACCCUGAGCACAGAGGAACACAAUUGGACCAUACCACAACAGCCAAGACCUCAGGCCUGGCAUGUGAUCUAUGCAGACCGUUACACCUGCCAAGAUGAGGAGCUUGAUGGGGUCCUGGAGGACGUGCACUUCCAGCUUACCAUGCUAAACCCAGACUCUGCAGGGAACCCAAUGGACCACUUCAGUGCUGAGGAGGCUGGUUUGCACAGCUUUUUCUUCUUGCUGAUCCUGGCCUAUUUUGUGGCCUCCUGUAUCUACAUGCAGCCCCUGUGGCAGGCUUUGUAUAAGGGAGGUCCCAUGCACACAGUGCUGAAGGUCCUGUCUGCAGCUCUGUUCCUGCAAGGUCUAUCUGUGAUCUUGAACUACAUCCACAUGGCCAAGUAUGCUAGAGAUGGAGUGGGAACACCUCUGAUGGGCAACCUAGCAGAGUUCUGUGACAUGGUGGCUCAAGUACAGAUGCUGUACAUGCUGCUGAGUCUGUGUAUGGGCUGGACACUGAGCCGAAACAGGAAAUCCCAGAGUAAACCACUGCAGUGGGACUCCUCUCCCGCGUCCACUGCUCUUGCUCUUGGAGGAGUUGCUGCACAGGGAGCACUGCUGAUCUGGGAGCAGUUUGAGGACACUGAACAUUACAGUUAUCAUGGUCAUCGCAGUGUACCUGGGUUACUACUGAUGGUGCUGCGUGUUUCUCUCACACUGAUACUUGCAUCAGUAUUGUACCAUAUUAUCUCUGCAGAGCGGAGCACACUAAAAAGGAGCUUCUAUCUCAGCUUUGCCAAGGGUUGUUUCCUGUGGUUUCUGUGUCACCCAGUCCUUGUUCUUCUUUCCAUCCUAUUCAGUGAGUACCAAAAGGAAAAGGUCAUAACCAUUGGUGUGAUUCUGUGCCAGUCCAUCUCAUUGGUGAUCUUGUAUAGGCUAUUCCUCUCUCGUAGUCUUUACUGGGAAGUCUCCUCGCUUUCCUCCGUGACACUCCCCUUAACUAUGUCUAGAAGCCCACGGGGACGACAUUGACUAGCAGUAUUUAGACUAUACUAUUGAUGCAUGUUUGUAAGGAGCACAUGGCCACUCUAGAAGGAUCACUUUGCUGAGAGAUGGAGCAAGAGGUGUGUAGGGAGCAAAAUCACGUUUUACCAUACGAACAUGUUGCCUUCCAGAUAUGCAUUUUUUUUAUAUGCAAUGUUGCAGGGCAGAGAUAAAACAGCUGGGCCCUUCUGAAAAAUAAGCACCUGUACAAUUUAUUGAGAUGGACAUGCAGGACUGAGUUUUUCUUUUAUGUUGCAGACUAAUAAUGUUUCAUCUAGUUAAGAAUCCCUAUAAACAAAAUGACAUUUUAGACAUGCACAUAGAUGGAAAAGUCCUGGUAUAUGGAAAUGUAAUAUUCUUGGUAUUUCCAUAACCUUAUAUUAGAAAUUCUGUAUUUUAUCUGUACUUUAAUACUUAUUAAGGUUACAAAUUACAAACUGUUGACUGAUGACAAAUUACAUGAAAAUAUCAGUCGCUCUGUUAUCAGACGUAUUUUGCUGGUGUGAUUUGACUCCACUUGCCCUGUUACAGGAAAGAAUCACUAAAAAAUUUAUACAAAGUUAUUGUGAUCACAUUUAUGGGAGUGGUCUUUUCUAGGAAGACAAUCUCUGCAAUCUACAGGACAUAAAGGCUUACUGAAUGGUUUGAUGAGGAUGGGAAUCAUGUGCUACCGGUAUGUGUAGUCACCACACCACAACCCAAUUAAAGACCUUGAGGAGAUUUGAGUGACAUGGUAGGCUGCAGUCUUUUAUGCUGUUUUCAAAACACCAACUAAGGUUGAGAAGAAUAGUGUUCAUCUCUCCACUACAGUUCCAGAGACUUGUAAGAAUCUAUACCAAGGAGCAUUUCAGCUGUUUUACGCCAUGUGGUAAAAACUAAGACACUUACUAAGAUACAUUGUUGUAUUUUUCCUUUAAUUUGUUACCUGUCUCCUUAGAUUGCAUCUAAACAGUUUUAAAUAGCUGGAACAUGGGACUGGUUCAAGAUGGCACAAUGGCCCCUAGGUGUGAGUAUGUGCGCACGCACACUGCUCUGUGAUGGACAGGCAUCCUAUCAUUGUCAGCUCUGGAUAUACCAUGACCCUGACAAGGAUAAGGUUACUGAAGAUCAAUGAGUGUUACUAGUUCACAAGUAUUAGGGAAUCACACUAUGAAAGAUCUUUUAUAUGACUCAUUUACAACAAUGAUUUACAAUAAAUAUCUGCUCUGUUUAUUGGUGGGCCAUGAUAAAAGAUUAUUGACUGUAUAGUGCAAUCGGCAGCAUACGCAUUUGCACACAAAACGAAUAGUCACAAGCAUGUUGUUUUUUUUAACUAAACUUGAAUAAAGAUGCCACUGUUUGUUGUCUGAAUUACUAACAGUGAUCCCAGACGUCCGCUAUUUAGCGGAAUUCCGCUAUUUUUCCUAGCCAAAGUGUUUUUUUAAUCUCUUGUAUAUCCAGGGGUGAAAGUAGAGACGGUGCUGCGCACCGUCAAAAGAUUUAGGGCCGGUGCGUCGCACCUGUAAGAGAGAGGGUUUAUGCUCAUCUCAUCUCAUUAUAUCAAGCCGCUUUAUCCUUCUACAGGGUCGCAGGCAAGCUGGAGCCUAUCCCAGCUGACUACGGGCGAAAGGCGGGGUACACCCUGGACAAGUCGCCAGGUCAUCACAGGGCUGACACAUAGACUCAGACAACCAUUCACACCUACAGUCAAUUUAGAGUCACCAGUUAACCUAACCUGCAUGUCUUUGGACUGUGGGGGAAACCGGAGCACCCGGAGGAAACCCACGCGGACACGGGGAGAACAUGCAAACUCCGCACAGAAAGGCCCUCGCCGGCCCCGGGGCUCGAACCCAGGACCUUCUUGCUGUGAGGCGACAGCGCUAACCACUACACCACCGUGCCGCCCGGGUUUAUGCUGACUAAAAAAAAAAAAAAAAAACCCACAUAAAAUUAGUAACGUUCGCUGUUUGAGAAGAAAACACAUCUACCCACAAUAUGCCAUUUUUGACCAGCUCCGAUGAAGAGUAGCAUGUUUAAAAAGUCAUAGGAUGUGUGACGCGUGUCAGCAGCAGCUUCCUUUUGCAGUGCUGUGCAUCGACCGACGCUUUCAAAUCCACCCAUUCGAGCCGCAAAAAUAAUAAAUAGGAAAAUAAUGGUACUAAACGCCAGGAAGUAUGGUAAUCUGUUUUCAAAACUUCUGCAAAUGUCUCCCAUAUUUUGGUUUUUCUGUUGGUGCGUUUUUGGAGCUUCAAUUCCGUCUCAUGCAGGGCUCGCGCUGCCCGCUCAGCAGUUAGUCAGCCAAGUCUCGUCUUUGAUAGAAAAUUGUGUCAACGAAAUUAAUCGGCAUUUCAAACAUCAUGUUUUUAAGUGACUGGGUAUCAGAUUGAGACAUGGCAUUCACAUCACUGGUGGUUUCACUCGGACAAAUAAUAAAGGACUCUUCAAAUCACUGGCAGCUCGUUAAUGGGGGCGAUUUGGGCGACGCACUCCCAAACAGGGAGGGAGAUUUUUUUUUUAUCUACUCCUACUACCACGGCAACAGUAAUGUCAUUGUCCAAUCAGGCUAAGGUCGCGCCUGGUGUAGCCACGCCCUUUUGGGGCGAUUUCUGUCAGGUUCAGAUUUGCCCCAAAAUCUCCCAUUGACACUAAUGGUACGUACGUUUUUUUCGAAAAUCAUGCUCCCAAUGCAUUUUCUAUUAGGUUUUAUGUGCUCGCACAAGCAGUGUGCUUACGUCAUACGCCUGUUGCGCCGCACAAGUGUUGCCAGAUUGGGGGGGGUUUAAGUGAUUUUUGGCGGGUUUUGAACAUAAUUUUGGGCUGGAAAACGCAACUUGCGCGGGAAAUGUGUGAACAUUCUAUGAAGAAGAUGGCGAAUGUUGAGUGCAACAAUACGAUAGCGUCUCUGAAAGAAGUUCCCUUUAGUCGUCGUACCAAUGAGGAGAAAACGGCAAUCAAACAGCUAGGACCUCCUAGACCGAAUUUAAACAUCAAGCAAGUGUCUACGAAGGGGGAGAAGACCUACUCAAGAGGUUUUAACAAGAACUGGUACCACCGGAAAACUUGGCUAGCUGGCUGUGAUGUAGUCAAUGCUCUUUUUUGCUACCCUUGCGUUCUCUUCCACCCUGGAAGUAGCACAGCAGACGGUACAGUGAUAUCUGAUAUUUGAAUUUACUAGGCAAAAGUUGUUUGUGUGUGUGUUUUACCAAUGGCAGUUUAACAUUGCCAUGCUUGGAAUAUUUCAGUAGCCUCAAGUUCUCUCUGACUUGGUGUAAAUUAAGCAUAUUUUCAGUUUUUAUAUAUUGUACAGUAUGUGUUCAUUGGAGCCAGCAGCACCUUACCUUUUUUCCAACUUGUUAAGCCAAGUUGCACUGACUACAAAACCUUGUGUAACCUUGUGUGUAUAUAGCUAAAUAACUAAAGCCUUUUGUGUUCAUUGGCAUGCUUGUAAUACUUUAAAUUUCCUUUUAAGGCAUGGCUUUCUGGAGGAAUUCUUGGGGGAAAAAACUGCAGAAUUUAUUUAGAAUUAUUAUUUGUUGUUAAAAUGGUGCAAUUCCAUAUGAAAAAAAACACAUAAUUAAGCUGCACAUGUUUGUUUGAUGGUUAUGCUUUUCUUCAUCUUUUUCAAAACUUAAAUAAACACUUGUUUUGGAUUUAUA